AUGGACGCGGAGGAAGGGGAUGGAAAUCCACAACACUUCUCGACAUUCGAAAAGCACGAUGAACUACUUAAGCUUCAGGAAGAAUUCCUCUCUUGGGACCUACAUGUCGACCCGGCCAACUCAACUGAGGAUUCCAUCGAGUGGAAUCAUUUGACGAAAUGCAAAACAUCGUGCGCGAUCCCGUUGCAUUUUACCAUGCUUUUCCAACGCCUGCUUGGGUAUCAGGAGCAGUCUUACUUACUGGAUCCAUAUCUGGAGCGGUUCGUUCUGCCAGUUAUUGAAGCCGUGAAAGCGCAUGCACAUGCCACCGUGAUGCAGGAGGGGAUCAAGUAUUCCAAAGCGCGAAUGAAUCGUCUAUGUCGCCACCUAUAUGGCUAUAUAAGAUUUCGAGGAUACAAGAACAUAGUCAAAUUCUUCCCCCACGAAAUCGCCGACUUGGGUAUCGCAAGGGACUACAUGCUUCAUGAAAACGGGUUCUUCCAUGUCCCUUCUGAAUGGGAACUCCGUUAUAUCGUGUUCUUGUGGCUUUCGCUUGUCUGCAUGAUUCCCUUCGAUCUUUCUCAAUUUGAUGAAGUAGCUCAGAGGGGGCGAACCGCUCAGAUCAUAGAGGAGCAAGCACGAGGCCAACUCCAUAAAACCGGAUUAGAACGAGACGGCGCCGCUUUGCUGCUGUCGCGUCUUUAUGUCAGAGGGGACACCCGUGAAAGGUUGCACGAUUUCCUGCGCUGGUCGCUAGCGUCUGCACAAACGGCACAGGAUCCCGUGCUCUGCAUUGGAAUCCUCCAAGUACUCUGCGAAGUGGCUAAAUCGGCAUCUGCUGAAGAAGUCAGGACAUUCACCUCUGAUAUCUUUCGUCUCGGCAAAAUCAUCGACGAUGACGCUGCUCUGUCGACCAAUACGCUGACUCGCAAGUUCAGGACUAAAGCCGAAUCGCGAAUCGCCUUGCGCCUUCUACCUGGAAAACCGUCGCGCCAGAAAGGUUGUCGUAUUCUAGGUCAGAUGGAAGAUGAGGUGCAGGAUGAGGACACAUCGGAUGAUUUUGAAGUUCCCGAAGAAGUCGAAACUGUCUUAGAACAUCUAUUUGAGAGUCUUAAGGACAAGAAUACCGUCGUUCGCUGGACGGCAGCCAAAGGAGUGGCCCGAAUAUCAGAGCGACUACCAACUGAUUUCAAAGAUCAGGUGCUUGAGACUGUUAUGUCCCACUUCGCCAUACACUCUAUUGCAGCUGCGAGUCUAUACGAUCUCCCAGCUGUCGCAGAGAGCACUUGGCACGGCGCAUGCCUGGCAUGUGCAGAGAUGGCACGUAGAAGUCUUGUCAGUGAUCAACACCUUCCUACCUUGAUAGAGUGGACAACAAAGGCACUGUAUUUUGAUAUAAGAAAAGGCGCACAUUCUAUCGGUUCCAACGUACGAGAUGGUGCUGCGUAUGUUCUAUGGGCCUUGGCGAGGUCGCAAGAUUCCCAAUUUCUUAAACCCCACGCCGAACACCUUGCACAGAGAUUGGUCAUCGUGGCAGUGUUUGACCGAGAAAUCCAUAUUCGCCGUGCAGCUAGCGCUGCGUUCCAAGAACACGUCGGAAGAACGGGCUUUAUACCUCAUGGUAUCGAUGUUCUUCGAGAGACAGAUUUCUAUGCAGUCAGCACCAGACGUACCGCAUUCCUCACAGCUGCACCCGCAGUUGCUCUGUUUGAAGUUUACAGAGAAUCCCUAUUUAACCACUUGAUCGAUGUUACAAUCCGUCAUUGGGACCCUGCUAUGCGCCAGAUAGGAGCGCAGUCACUGCAACUCAUCUGCCUCAUAGACAUCAAGGAGUAUGGACCCAGGGCCGAAGCAAAGAUAUGUAGACUCCUUGAAUCCGUCGACGACAGUGAUCUUCACGGGUCCCUCUUGGCUUUAUCUGAGCUGGCACUUGCAUACCGAAUGUCGUAUCAAGGCGAUGACCUGGAAAUUAAAAUGCGCAGCAUUUUCCAAUAUCUCGUUCAUAUCCCCAAAACAACAGUGAUGGGCCCUCGGCACGAGUUGGUUACAUUAGCCGCAUGCUCGUUAAUAUCGAACACCAUUACACUUAGCGAAAUCGAAUUGGAUACUAAAUCCUCUGUGCCACAUUGGCGCGGAAUCGUGGACUAUGGAAUCAAACACAGGAGCUCGCAAGUACAGGAAGUAGCAGCGACCGCUCUUGGGGCCACCAGUCGGCUCGCCGAUAGCGCUCAAGAUAUAUCAUCUUCUGAUGAGAAUCAUGAAACCUACGUUUACGUAGACAUAUCCUCUCAGGACUUCCAGCAGUUGUAUGGCGUGCUGUUGGAGGGUAUGAAGGAUUAUACUUCCGAUGAACGAGGCGACGUUGGAUCUUGGAUACGACUCUCUUGCGUCCGUGGGCUCGCGGAGAUUUCGGAAAUGCUGUUCCAAUCCUUCACGCAGGAAUCACAGCUCGAAGCCUACCUACCGCCUUCGAAGUAUCAUGCAGCGAUUGCUGGUAUUCUCAAACAAGGAGUGGAGCGGCUGGACAACGUACGCCAGGAAUCUGGGGAGCAUUUUAUUCGCCUCCUGUAUAUGCCGCUUUCGCCCGUGGCGAAGACCCAAUGGCGUCUAGAAGGAGAGGAUUUAUUCAAGUCUUUGUUCCCAGCAGACCUCAACCCAAGCUGGGGAGAUGGGAGCUGGCUGUACCCAAAGGCCGUCAGAUUUCUAGACGUAGGAAAAUACAGAAGUCAGGUGCUGAUCGGGCUUCUCCUCAGCCUUGGGAGUAAAACAGAUAGCACGCACCGCCCCGUUUCAUCUAGCCUAAUCACCUAUUGUAGUGAUCUUCCGCUUGCAUCUUCCCCGGCGACAUAUGGCCUUAUAGGGCUUGUGCAAGACAUUCUUGCUUAUGCAAAAUCGCGGGCAGCAUUAAACUCGGUGGUAAUGCCCGCCUUGCAGGCUAUACAUGUACUUCUAGAGGGGGACAGCCUGAACCGACUGAACGAGCACCAAAGGGGAAUAGAAGCGUAA